CAAACCAGGGAUGACAGUUUAUUUGCAAAAAAUCGCGAAACUAGUGAACAUCGAACAAUACAAAAGAAAUCACUCAAACGGAACAUAUUUGAAAAAUACAACAAAAAAUAUAUAAAAUCAUACCAAAGAAGAAAAACUAAAAUUCUAAAAAAAAACAAAUUAAUCGUGUGGAAAUAACGGAUAAAGUUUAGUGUUGCUUGUAUUGUAGAACUUACGAAAAAGGAGAGAAAUUAAAUCAAUUCCAAAACUUUAAAUACUUAUAACAUGGCUUUAGUACCCUCAAAUACCAGCAAUACCGAUUGGGACUAUUGGGAUUAUCGCAGACGUUUAUGGCGUGAUUGGGAUCUAAUCGAUUGGGAUUUACCCUAUUACAAACGUAGUUUAUCACGUGUCGGUUCGGCACCCGAUCUAAGUCGUGUUGUGGUGGGCAAAGAUGGCUUUGAAGCCAACAUAGAUGUGGGUCCCUUUAAGCCCUACGAGAUAACUGUGAAAACAUCAGCCGAUACAAUUAUAGUGGAAGCCAAACAUGAAAAACGUCGUGAUGGUGAUAGUUUUGUGGGUCGUCAUAUAGUCAAGAGAUUUAUUUUACCCCGUGGUUAUUAUCCCAAUGAUGUGCGUGCUGAAUUAUCCUCCGAUGGCAUUUUAAUUGUUAGAUGCCCACCCUGUUCCACUGCUGAGCGUAGUGUGUAUGUGAGACAAAUGGGUCUGCCCUAUUUGAGUUUAAAACAUUAAAAAAAUAAUCUUAAGUUUAAUAUUCACUUUAUUACUAAAAGACUUUAUUGUCCGCUAAAACGAACGAACGAAAAAUCAUAUAAAAAAAUAUAUUUCUUUUAAUGUUGUUCAAUAUUUAUUUUUAUUGUUUUUUGGUGCAUCACUUUUAAUUCAACUAAACUAUUUUCCAAGUGUCAUUUGUUGUUGUUGUUUUAUAAUACUUGCCAAAAUGUUUUUAUUUUAAUUUUUCUUUAACCUCAAGUUAAAUUUUAAAAUAUUAAAUAAUUUUAGUCUUUUUUAAAGUUAUUAUCGUGUAUGUUUGCAAUAUUUUUAUUUGUUUUUGUCAGUGUAAUUAAUUAAUAUUUUAUGUUUAAUAGUGAAUAAAAUAAAAUUAAUUAAUUAAAACUAAAUUUAAUGAAAUGUGGACUGUAUUUCUUUCGAUAUUAUAUAAUAAAGUCAUUACUUU